GAAUGCAUCACACGAUCUCGGCCGCAUGUGUGUGACGUCAUUGCUUCCGCACGUUGUUUUUUCCUGUCGGUCGGGCCACAGUCUGAAAAUGCACCUGCGGAGGAUGAAGUUAAAACGUGCCUGGCUGCUGCUGCUCCUUGCCGUCUCGGUGUGGUCAGUGCCCAUCGAUCGUAAAGAGGUCCACCAGGAAGUCAAAGAUGGAGAACAAGAGGAGAGCAUGGACACUGGUCUGUACUACGACCGAUACCUGCGAGAGGUGAUCGAGGUCCUGGAGACCGACCCUCACUUCCGAGAGAAGCUGCAGACGGCCAACACGGAGGACAUCAAGAACGGACGCCUGAGCAAAGAGCUGGACUUGGUCAGCCACAACGUCAGGACGCGUCUGGACGAGCUGAAGCGACAGGAGGUGUCGCGGCUCAGGAUGCUGCUCAAGGCCAAACUAGACAGCACCAACACGCAGAGCCUGCAGAUGGACCACGCCUCCUUGCUCAAGCAGUUUGAACAUCUGGACCCGCAAAACCAGAACGCCUUUGAGGCCAAAGACCUGGAGCUGCUCAUCUCCACGGCCACCAAAGACUUGGAGAAUUACGAUGCCGAGCGACACGAGGAGUUCAAGCGCUACGAGAUGCUGAAGGAGCACGAGAGGCGUGAGUACCUGAAGGGUUUGGACCAAGAGAAGCGGGAGAAGGAGGAGCAGCGCAUGCAGGAGCUCAAGGACAAACAUCGACAACACCCUAAAGUCAACGCUCCCGGCAGCGUGGCUCAGCUGAGGGAAGUCUGGGAGGAGACAGACAGACUGGACCCCAAAGAGUUCAACCCCAAGACCUUCUUCAAGCUGCACGACACCAAUGAGGACGGUGUACUGGAUGAGCAGGAGUUGGAGGCGCUUUUCACCAAAGAGCUGGAGAAAGUGUAUGACCCCAAGAACGAGGAGGACGACAUGAUGGAGAUGGAGGAGGAGAGGCUGAGGAUGAGGGAGCACGUCAUGAAGAGCGUGGACGCCAAUAAAGAUCGACUCGUCAGCCUGGACGAGUUCAUCAAGUCCACCGAGAAGAAGGAAUUUAACACCGCCAAAGAAUGGGAGACUCUGGACGCUAAGCCGGCGUACACUGAGGACGAGCUGCAGCGCUUCGAGGCAGAGCUCCGUGACAAAGAAGAGGAGCUGAAGAGGAGGGCGGACACGCUACGUCAGGAGCAGGAGCUGCUUAAGGAGCGAGGAAAAGCCCUGGAGGCCCAGAGGAGGGAGUACCAACAGGCCGUGCUGGAGAUGUCACAGAGGCAGAAGGGGCAGCCGGCAGCAGGCGACGGACAGCCGCCGGCCGGACCUCAUGGAGAACUUCAGUUCCAGCCUCCGAAACAUGAAGACAAAGCAGGAAAAGUUGCCGUCGUGGAAAACGCUGAGGACGCCCAAGUGCGGAAUAAUCUGCCCGCCGAACCGCCGCAAAACCUGCCUGCUCACACUUAAAAAACAAACACACGUAUACGGUCCUUUGAUGUGCACUGUUCGACAAUAGGGGUUGUACAGACAAGUCAACUCUGCUACUUCACAAUGAUGUUUUUAGAGCGUGACGUCUACUAGUCGCUAAUCACAUUUUUGGCCUGCAGUGGCAGAGACACUGGUUCUAGUGUGUGGGAGAAGCUUUACUACUGUAUUUAAUUUAUUAUACUGAAGGAAAUUUCCACCUCAUGUUUGAAAUUCUUGGAACGAUUUUUCACGUCAUAAAUGCAUUAUUGUCAAAUCAUUGAUGGAGGUCGUCCGUUCCGCCUUGUUCCCCCGCGCUAAUAUGAAGAGGUCUUUUGUUAAUCUUGAAAUCAGGAGUAUGACAGCAUACAGGGUUUUAGUUGAGUUUUAGGGCAGAGUCUAAUGUUUGUAACCACUUUAAUGUGCGUUUAAAUAGAAUAGAGAAGAAAAAAAACUGUUGAUUUGAGGUAAGAUUUUCAUUUCAAUUGUAGCUAUUGUUUCAGUCAGCAGAAAUAUUUUCCAAGUGAUUUGUGAUUCAAAUUGGGAUUUGAUCUGCAAGAUUCCACAAAUUUACUUUUAUGAGAAACUCAAGGGGGAUUUUGAAAAGAGAAUGAUUCCACUGCACACGAAGAGGUCCGUGAUUAUAUUAAUAUGAUGUGUAUGUCCUGUGUAAAUUCGGUCUGAGCUGUUCGUUGGAAGUGAAAAUCGAUUUUUUGUUUGUUUGUUUUUUUGGUAAUAAUAAUUGAAAAAAAUGACAUCAUCAGCGACUAGUCGACAUCGACUCGAUCACAUUAGUGUCGACUGUAAGUCUAAAGUCGUGCAACCCCUAAUACAGAACAUGAUUGAGACUGAAACUUUUGUUCUUUUGCUGUGGUGAGAUUAAAGAUGUUACAUUUUAUUGCUGUCAUUUAAAAUAAAUUAUUUAUGUCCAAAAUGCGCUGAA